CGACUCGCGGUAGAGCCAUUCCUGUCUCUCGUCCCAUGCCCGCGUAGAUUCGUGAGGGACUCAAGCAGGCUCUUUCAAUGUCUCGAGUCAGUCAGUGGCGUGCAAAAAAAAAAAAGUUGAGCAGCACUCAGGUCAUCACAAACCCCAUUCAGUCUCCAGAGCUGCAGUUCUCACGGGCUACGUCACAACGUCGCCCACGAAGGGCUCGUGCUUGAGGCUGGUGAUUUUUCGGCCGUUCCUCGUCCUGUCGCACCCCAGACCCUGGCGAUGGAACCGUGGGGGUUUUGUCAUGAUGAGGCUGAUCUAAGCAAGCCAACGUCUGGAGAAGCACUCUCGGCUAAGACUCCGAAUUACUGGGACUGCACUAGACACCCCCAGCCACGACCACAUCGUGCCGGCCUCAGCAGCAUACUCCAGCAUACUCCCGCAACAUUCCCGUGAUGGCACGUCGUGUUGCACCCGCAUGCAGGUUGGCAUCCUCCUCUUCGACGACGUUGGCGAGCAAUCAUGCGACCGUCGCCGGCACAUCGCCAGAGGCUGCGGUUAAUUUUCUCCCUUUCGGGCGUUCUCUCGGCGCGGACAUUUUGCGGAUGAUGAGAGAUCUCCAGGUCCAGCUCCGCAAAAAGUUUCGCGCAUCUCCACAAGGUUCAUCGCCCAGACCGUGACGAUCAUUCCAGGCCUCUGGCUCUGCCUGGCUCCGUAUGGCUCCGUAUGGCUCCGCCCAGCUCUCGACCGUGACACCCCGACUGUCCCCGGGUCGCACGCCAAACCAUGACGCCGUCUAGGAGGGUUCCGCUGCGGUGGACCCGCCCGUUAUACCUGUGGUGACCAUGCAAUGUUUUGUCACCCCAUGGCACACAGCACCUGGUCGGUCACGCUCCCCAAGCUGGACGCCCCGACGUUGGUUCUCCAGUGUCCCCAUGCCACUAGCCCGUGGAGAAGACCACGGAGGUCUGGAGUCACCCUUCGUGACAUGCCCACAGAAGCCACCAUGGAAUUAUUACCCAGCCCAUAAAAGCUCUUGAUCCCGCUACGCUUGAUGGUGUUUGGACUAUCAUUACGAUCAGGCUUCACACCUCAUAUAUCAAUCUAAGCAUCUCGCUCCCCCAGAUCUUCAUCUACAUAUCUCCCCCUCGAGUCCUACUCGACACCGCCGCCCCCCUUGCGACACCAACAACACCAGCACUGCGUAUAUCGCACGGCCAAUAUCACAACACUCACAAAUAUGUCUACGGCAGAAACACCGGCCAGCGGUGCCUCAACACCGCCAAAUGGCCACGAGAAGGAUGCCGCCAACGACUACGGUGGCAACUACCCUCCCGUCAAGGUCCUCAACCUCCGGGUCACCGUCAUGGGCCUGCUCGUCUCUCUCGGUGGUUUCAUCUUCGGAUGGGAAGGUGGUUCCAUCUCUGGCUACACACAAAUGGCCAACUUUAGGGACCACUUCGGCGACACCCAAAAGAACGGCGUCCUGACACUGGGCAAUGUCCGCCAAGGUCUGAUGGUGGCCAUGCUCUGCGCUGGUUGCCUGGUUGGCGCUCUGGUCUCUGCCCCCAUCGCCGAUAAUGUCGGCCGCAAGUUCUCCAUCACCUUCUGGUGCAUCGUCUACAUCGUCGGCAACAUCGUGUGCAUCACUACCACAGACAAGUGGUACCAGAUCGUCAUUGGCCGUCUUAUUGACGGUUUCGGCAUCGGUGCCCUCUCCGUCCUGACACCCAUGUACCAGUCUGAGACCGCGCCCCGCCAGGCACGUGGUGCUCUCGUCUCCGCCUACCAGCUGUUCAUCACCCUUGGCAUCUUCGUCGCCUACUGUGUCAACUACGGUACCGAGGCCAUCUCGUCCGAGAGCUCAUGGAGGAUCACCAUGGGCAUCGGUUUCAUCGCCCCCGCCAUCAUGGGCGCCGGUAUGUUGACCAUGCGUGAGUCUCCCCGCUGGCAAUACCGCCGCGGUGGAGAAGCCGAGGCUGCCCAGACUCUGGCCCUGAUCUCUUGCGUCUCGGUCGACCACCCGGAGGUCCAGCACGAGCUGGCUGAGAUUCGCGAGAAGUUCGAGGCUGAGGUUGCCGGUGGCGACCCCAAGUGGUACGAGAUCUUCACUGCCCCGGCUAUGCUUCGCCGUGUCUGUGUCGGUAUGGCCCUGCAGGCCCUGCAGCAGCUCACUGGUGCCAACUUCUUCUUCUACUACGGCACCCAGAUCUUCGCCUCCGUCGGUAUCUCCAACUCGUACAUCACCUCCAUGAUCCUCGGUGCCGUCAACGUCUUCUCCACCUUCGGUGGUCUCUACGUCGGCCAGAAGUUCGGUCGCCGUAUCUCCAUGAUCAUCGGUGGUGUCUGGAUGUUCAUCUGGCUGAUCAUCUUCGCCUCUCUCGGCUCGUUCGCCCUGUACCCUGAUAACAACCCCAACGACCCCAACGCCCGCACCAACGCCUCCGUUGGUUCUGCUAUGAUUGCCUCCGCCUGUUUCUUCAUUGUCGGCUUCGCUGUUACCUGGGGACCUCUUGUCUGGGCCAUCGUCGGUGAGAUGUUCCCGUCCCGCUACCGUGCCGUCGCCAUGGCUCUCUGCACCGCCGCCAACUGGCUGUGGAACUUCCUCAUCUCCUUCUUCACCCCCUGGAUCACCGCCGCCAUCGGCUACCGCUACGGCUACGUCUUCGCCGGCUGCUGCUUCCUCGGUGUCGUCAUCACCUUCCUCUUCGUCAACGAGUCCCAGGGCCGCUCUCUCGAGGAGGUCGACUCAAUGUACGUCCUGGGUGUCGUCCCCUGGAAGUCCAAGUCCUGGAAGCCUCUCGACGAGCCCGUCACCACCGACAGGAUGCACUUCAAGCCUGGCGCGCGCGACUUCUCCAAGCCCGAGACUCCCGCCGCUGGACACCACGAUGGUGAAUCCGCCGGCCCCAGCAACGCUGUCUAAAGGAUACGAACCAGAAGUCAGAGUAUGUGUGUGUGGAUUAAUGAAGAAUGUGACCACAAAGUUCAGUCACUGGACUCUUCCAGUGACCUCAUCAUGAAUCAAUGAGUGGAAAGAGAAUCAGUCAGGGGAAGAACGGUGAUGAAGUCAGGAGGUGACUUCUUAUGUAUAUAUGUCUUAGUUCGGGGACUUGUUACUACUACUAUUGUGUUUUAUAAUGGUCCUGUACCACCACAAUGCCUUCUAGGCACAAAAGAAUUAUCAGAUACCCCUUUUUAAAUGAUAUCUGGCUUUUAGUCAAUUCUCGCUGUUUUUGGUCUUUGUGUGAUGAUCACUUCCUAUCAAUCUCGUAUAUUUUAAUACACCAUCCUGAGGCGGCUGUACCCCGGACCACAAAAGUGAUAAGAAUUCGCGAUGGCCAUCACGCGUCGUCGUUGGUCAAGAAACUGCUGGACCCCCAGCCUGACGUGCUCAACUGCCUCGCGCUGGCUGUACAAUGUGACAUGGACGCCUAGCUCUAUUUCGA